AUGGAACUUGACAUUGAGUCAGCCCCAUGGGCUGGUGGUUGGGAAGGGUCAUCUGCAGCUGGAUGGAGCAGUUCUCCGAAAGGAAGUUUUGGCGGUUCGUCAGGGAGUGGCUGGGAAGUAAGAAUUCUCAGGAAACAAACACAUCACCGCGGCAAUCAACCCAGUUCAUCAUUGAAUCGUGACAUUGUUAUGGAUACAGCUUCACCACUUCAGAUUGCUCAAUUCGAUGAGAAUAUUCAACGAAAG